CUUUUUAGUACAUUGACCUGGGGAUUUUGUAUUACUCACAACAUGUUUUUUUAUUGUUAUCAGCCGGUUUAUCAUCACAGAAGAAGUGUGAUUUAUGGGAUCAUUUUGAUCGUAAAUUAUUGAUUUGAGGUGCUAGCCAAGAUGAAAGCCUCAAAUUUUCAAUCAUCAAAGGCCCAAGCUGCUUCAAAUUUACCUACUACACCACAGAAAGAAUCUGAAAAGAAAGCUAAGUUGGCUGCCAUCUACCAAGCUUUGAACUCUGACCCAGUUGAUAUUGCAGCUCUUCGUAAACAUGCCAUAAGCAAGGGAGGACUGCUGAAUGAUGAAGUUCGGCGUAAAGUUUGGCCAAAACUUCUUAACAUCAAUGUACAUGAUCAACAUAAAAAAAAGCUAGCCCCUGAUAUUACCAAACACCGGGAUUACAAUCAAGUUAUUCUUGAUGUAAACAGAUCUCUAAAAAGGUUUCCAAGAGGAAUGAAAGAUGAUCAACGUGAAGUGCUUCAAGAACAGUUAACUAAUAUAAUCGUGCAGGUGUUAAUUCGACAUAAGCAGUUGCAUUAUUACCAGGGUUAUCAUGAUAUAUGCGUGACAUUUCUGUUAGCUGUUGGAAAGGACAUGGCUCUGUCUAUUAUGGAUGUUUUAUCAAUUCACCACUUUAGAGAUUUCAUGGAUUCUACUAUGGAUAGGACAAAGCACAUGCUAAACUAUCUCUUCCCAAUUAUUCGUAAAGGGAGUCCAGUGUUGCACGACUUCAUGCAAAAGUCUGAAGUUGGAACCGUUUUUGCAUUGGCGUGGUUGAUCACAUGGUAUGGUCAUGUAUUAAAUGAUUACAAGAGCAUUGUGCGGUUGUACGACUUCUUCCUAGCUUGUCACCCGUUAAUGCCAGUUUACUUAGCAGCUGCAAUUGUGCUCUACCGAGAGAAAGGUGUGCUUGAGCAAGAUUGCGAAAUGGUGUAUGUACACAGCUUUCUUUCCAAAAUUCCACAAGACCUUCCAUUUGAGCACCUGAUAAUCAAGGCUGGAGACUUAUUUGUGCAAUAUCCACCUUCUGAGAUGGCAAAGGAGGCCAGACUUCAGUACAAACAAAGUACUACAAUAUCCAAGCACGGUGAUUUUGAAUCGGCUGUUGAGCAUCAACGACCAGAUGCCAUCCUACAACUGAUGCGAGAGCAGAGUAGACGCAACAGUUUUCCAUCUUUCAGAACUCAGAGCAGUCGAGCUGUGAAGGUUGCGGUGUGGGCGCUGUCAACGGCGGUUGGUGUUGCUGCCCUUGCUGUUCUUAACACGGCUGCGGAGUUUUGGGUAUGACGCAAAUAAUUACUCUAUAUUGAAGUGUAUAAGCUGUGAUAAAAGGAGCUACACACCUUGUUGCAAUACAUUUUAACAUUUGAUGCUCAUCAUAUUGACUCCCAGCUUGUAGUUGUGAUCAAUUUCAAGCUAACUAUUGUAUUCUACCAGCAUAAUGCUGUGUCGCUGGCAAUUUAGCGCAGCGGGGAUGGUUUGGUUUACCAACCUCAAGGUCAAGGUUUCUUGCUAUGCACUUUGCUGAUGUCCUUGAGCAGGGCAUUUAUAUCUGCAUUGCUUCUCUCCACCCAGGAGUAUAAAUGGGUACCUGGUAAGGUUGACUGCUGCAGCGCAAAUGGCAGCAAGACUUAAGCAUGUGGACCCAGUGACCAGGGAAAACAAAUGCUUUGUAUUAAACCUAAAGGGUGCUAUAUAAAUACAGUACCAAAAAACAAGUAAAAAUAACAAAACAACAGUAAUGCGAAACCACUCUACUGUAAAUUUUAAUCUCAAAUGUUAGGCUUACUAUACUGUCCUGGAGCUAUAACCAAUUACACAUAAGCCUUGCCAAUAAAUGCUUUUGUACUCCUGUGGUUGCCUGUAUGUAAAUGAUAUGCAAAUGAGCAUCAUUGCCACAAAAAGGUCUGUAUAUGACUGUAGCUGUGUUGGUACAAUUUGGUACUGCUUAAGUGGUGUAAGUAAAUAAUAUAUAUUUAAUAUUGCUAGAUACUUUAUCUUAUUGUAAAUGACAAAGAUUAUGAAACCAAUAUAGAAAUUUAUCUAGAAACGAAAUUGUGUAAUUACGAAGUAAAUCAUGAAUAUUUAUGUUUGAUAAAAACAAGCUUAAAUCCUGAAAUCAGAAUCUUGAUUGUCCUGAUGUUACGUUUUUUAAUUACAUUGUGUCUAGAGGUACGGUACCAUAUGUUAUUCGGUAAGGGUUGGCAACAGGUAGGAACACUCACCACUGGCAAGAUAGCAAAUGGGAACGUAUUCCUAGCCACUGCCUUGUAAUUAUUCUAUGUAUAAAUAUGUUUUUGUUUAUAAUUAUUGAAAUUCUUCAAAAGGAACCAUUAGACUUAUAUAAGCCUUGAUAAUAUAAUCAAAAACAACAAAGGGCGGUUACAGAGUUAAAAUGUCUUAAAAUAUCUGUACUAAAAAUAAUUAUAACUUUAUUGGCAGGGAGAAAUAAACAGGCUUUGGCCCCUUAAGAACUAUUAAAAUAUGACUGAAAUAAUAGCCUACUACAAAGUUGGUCUAAAUUCUAAUUUUUAUUGAAGACCUCUGAAAAUAUAAAUUUAACAACCACACCUGUGAAUCAUACUCCUAUGAUAGAGUAGGGCUGGGGUAGGUAGCACUCCCUAACAAAAAAUCUGCCUCUGAAAUAAAACUAGUUUUAUUUAAUAUUUUGUUUCUACUGUGUAUAACACAAUAUAAAGCGUUGUUUUAAGGAUCUGUGACUAUUGGCCAUUAUCUUAGCCCAUGUUUUGUAAACUUUACUUCAGAAUUAACAGUACUAAGUUAAGUCAUAGUUAUGACUGCAUGUUUCAAUUAUCUCUUCUAACCCAGAUUGUGUAGAGCAUUGGUUCCUACUGUUUGAUCCCCUAUUUUGAAAUGACCCAAGGCCUGUAUUUUAGAGCUCGCAAAUCAUGGUAUUUUUUUACGGUGGUGUUUAAAAUUCUUCAUGUGUUUUGCAACCCUCAGAAACUUUUUAGUGACAUAAAUUUGGGUCAUGACCUAUAGUUUUAAAAUCAAAGUUGUGGUGGGUACACAACCUAUGUUCUGAUAUUUUAAGUACUUAAAUUUAGCUUUCAUUCUUUUCUUUUUAAAGAAAACAAAAUGAUGCAAUUAUGUUACAAUUUAUAAAAAUUUUAAUUACAAUAAUUAAUUUGAAAACUCAGGAAAUUACAAAGUAUAUAUGAUUUGGUUCUUAAUACUGUAACUGUAAUGAAACUAUAAAUAUGAUGUUUACCAUUUUAUGUUGACUGUAUUUUACGGUGAUACAUACAUGUGAUUACUGGAUAAGAGAGUAUAUUGCUGUUAACUGUUUUAUGAGUGUUUAUAUAAUUAUGUUGAUUAUUCUCUGGCUAAUAUUAUAUAAUUUUAUACGUUUAUGAUCAUGCUCAUAGUCACUGCAAUGUUUGUGCAAUAUGUCUGAUAUCAGCAUGAUGAGAUAUUGGCAAGGAUUUUUUUUCUUCAACUUCAUAAAUCAAGUAAAUGUUUAUGAUUAAAAAACAAAUUAAUUUCUAA